AUGCUUCAUCAUCAUCACUGCUCUGCCCCUUUUUUUGACGAAGAAGGAGACGAAGAAGACGACAAUGGCGGUUUGGCGGGAGAGCAGAACCGGCAGUUCCCGCGCUCUUGUUUCGGCACCCGGAAAUGGCCCAAGCUCCGCACGGAAUUUACGAGAUUGCCACGGCAGAGGAACCUAUCGCUGCUGACUCUCUCCACCUCCCGGUAGAUCUCGUGCACGAAGACGUGAGUCGCCGGCGCGCCGCCCGUCUUGCUCCGGGAGAGAACGCCGGCGGUGAAUAUCACGGACGCCCUCCCGGGGGCCGUGGCGGGCCAGCCGCGCGGUCCGUCGACGAGGAUGACGUCCCAAGGGACGUCGUAGAUGUGGUUGGGGAGGUCGUUGAGGGCCAACUUGCAGUCGGAGUAGAGAAGGUUCUGCACCGGCCGGCAUUCUUUUCUGCCCUCCUCCUUUGUUACCCAACCCCACACCGGAAAAUUUAAAAAUAAAUGAUGGGUUAGCAA